UUUCAUAAAAUCAGUGAAAAGCUUUUGUUAUAAUAAUGUCUGGUAAAGAAGAAGGUCCAGCCAUCGGAAUCGACCUCGGAACGACCUACUCGUGCGUUGGAGUAUGGCAACACGAUCGCGUCGAGAUCAUAGCUAAUGAUCAAGGCAACAGAACGACGCCUUCCUACGUCGCCUUCACAGACUCUGAGAGGUUAGUUGGUGAUGCCGCCAAGAACCAGGUAGCCAUCAACCCCAUCAACACUGUCUUCGAUGCAAAGAGACUGCUUGGUCGAAGAUUCAGUGACUCAUCUGUCCAAAGCGACAUGAAGCUAUGGCCUUUCAAGAUCACCCCUGGUCCUGCCGACAAACCCAUGAUCCUCGUCAACUACAAAGGCCAAGAGAAACAGUUCGCCGCUGAGGAGAUCUCUGCCAUGGUUCUCAUCAAGAUGCGUGAGAUCGCUGAAGCUUACCUCGGCGUCACCAUCAAGAACGCCGUCGUCACUGUUCCCGCUUACUUCAACGACUCUCAGCGUCAAGCCACAAAGGACGCUGGGGUCAUCGCUGGUUUGAACGUCAUGCGUAUCAUCAACGAGCCCACAGCAGCUGCCAUUGCCUAUGGUCUUGACAAGAAGGCCACCAGUGUUGGUUUGAAGAACGUGUUGAUCUUUGAUCUUGGUGGUGGUACUUUUGAUGUCUCUCUUUUGACUAUCGAGGAAGGUAUAUUUGAGGUCAAGGCAACUGCUGGAGACACUCAUCUCGGUGGCGAGGAUUUCGACAACAGGAUGGUCAACCAUUUUGUUCAAGAGUUUAAGAGGAAGAGGAAGAAGGACAUAAGCGGUAACCCGAGAGCUCUGAGGAGGCUGAGGACGGCUUGCGAGAGAGCCAAGAGGACUCUCUCUUCAACCGCACAGACCACCAUUGAGAUUGACUCUCUCUUUGAGGGCAUUGAUUUCUACUCUGGGAUUACUCGUGCUAAGUUUGAAGAGCUCAACAUGGAUCUUUUCCGACAGUGUAUGGAGCCUGUCGGAAACUGUCUGCAUGAUGCUAAGAUGGACAAGAGCACAGUCCACGAUGUUGUCCUCGUCGGAGGUUCCACACGCAUCCCGAAAGUCCAGCAGCUUCUCCAAGAUUUCUUCAACGGUAAAGACCUCUGCAAGUCUAUUAACCCUGACGAGGCUGUGGCUUAUGGUGCAGCAGUUCAGGCAGCGAUUCUAAGCGGUGAUCAAGGCGAUGAAAAAUUGCAAGACCUUCUUCUCUUGGACGUGACUCCUCUUUCUCUUGGUAUUAAAGUCGUCGGUGGAGUCAUGACCACCUUGGUCCAGAGGAACUCGACGAUCCCAACCCACAAGGAGCAGGUCUUCACCACCAUCCAUAACAACCAGCCAGGUUUGUUGAUCCAAGUGUACGAAGGUGAGAGAGCUAUGGUCAAAGACAACAACCUCCUUGGAGAAUUCACGCUCUCUGGCAUCCCUCCUGCUCCAUGUGGUGUCCCUAAGAUCUUAGUGUGUUUCGACAUUGAUGCAAACGGCAUCCUCAAUGUCUCUGCCGAGGACAAGAGCACUGGCAAAAAGAACAAGAUUAGGAUCACCAACGACAAGGGUCGCUUGUCUAAAGACGAGAUCGAGAAGAUGGUGCAAGACGCUGAGAGGUACAAGUAUGAGGAUGAGGAGCACAAGAAGAAGGUCGAAUCCAAGGUUGCUCUUGAGAACUAUGCUUACAACAUGAGAGACACCAUCCGUGAUGCCAAUAUCGGUGCUGUAGACAAGAAGAAGAUUGAGGAUUUGGUUGAGGAGGCAAUGCAAUGGCUUGAGGGUAACCAGUUGCCUGAAGCAGAGGAGUCUCAAGACAAGCUGAAAGAGUUGGAGAGUGUGUGCAACCCCAUCAUUGCAAAGAUGUAUCAAUGAGGGAGGAGCUGGUGGUCCCAAGAU